AUAUGUAACAAAUGUGAUCUAACUUGUGGGUUGUGGAGUUAGCUGCAGCCUGUGCUCUUCUGACAGUGUCCCCUGCUGUUGCCGACCGACUCUACAUCUGACAUUGAUUACGGAGCUGAAGUGGGUCCAACCCACCAAAGUUGCAGAAUGUCCAGCUGUUUCGCACUCGCCUCCUUUGCAGAUGGAUGGGUCCUCGGUUUCCUCAUCUGAUCAAGUAACUUGACAGAGCUUGGCUCCGGCAGCCUCUCGGAAAUGCAGCUCAUGCUGGUGCUACUAAACUAAACAGAGCCAUUGAAACCCACUUUCUCAGCGGCGUUGCGCUCAAAGCCACAGGAACAGUGAGCCCUCCACAGGCUCCUGCGUGAAAGUGGAUUUCAAAGUGAGAGAAACCUGACAAUUUGAGCUUCAGUAAAGAUGAAGUUUGUUCCUCGCUCCAAGAAUGAAGAUUAUCUGACUAAAGUAUUUAUGUGCAUAGCUGUAACGUUGGUGUUUGUACCUGGACAGCAAGAUGCAGAUGCAUUCCCUGCCUGGCGACAUCAGUUACAUCAAGACGCGUUCCCCAGUUACCUGCAGCUGGACGUGGAGCGGCUGGACUCGCACCCACACCGGGCACGGAGCAAGAGAUACACGUUAACCACGCAGAUGCUCAAGUGGCGUCACUUCAACUUAACCUACAAGAUCUUGUCCUUUCCAAAGACCCUGAGUGAAGAAGACACAGCGAGAGGGAUCGCAAAGGCUUUCCAAAUGUGGAGUGAAGUCACUCCGUUCAAUUUCACUAAGGUUCCUCCAGAGGCCGAGGCUAAUAUUAAGAUAGGGUUUUAUUCCAUAAAUCACACCGACUGCCUGAAAACUCCUUCACAUCCCUGUUUCGAUGGAAUAACGGGAGAAUUGGCACAUGCUUUCUUCCCGACUAACGGAGAGAUCCAUUUUGAUGACUAUGAGCACUGGAUAGUGGGUAAAACGCGAUUCAGCUGGGCGAAAGUGGUGUGGCUGACGGACCUGGUGCACGUGACUGCCCACGAGAUCGGACACAGCCUCGGCCUCAUGCACUCGCAGAACUCCAAGGCGAUUAUGAACAGGAACGCAACUCUAACGGGAAAAGACAAAAUCACUGCGGACGACAUGUGGGGCAUUUGGAGACUUUACGGUUGCCUGGACAGACACGAGGAAUGUCCCUCCUGGGCACAGAAGGGCUUCUGUAUGACUCGACAAACCCUUAUGAAGAAGUAUUGCCCCUACAUCUGUAACUUCUGCAGAGACCCUCCAUUUCCGACCAUCGCUCCGACAAACAUCCCUCCCAGGACUAAGGUUAAACGAGUUCCCAAGGGAAGAAAAGUUACAAUUCGUUGUGGACAGAAGAUAGCCCAUAAGAAAGGAACCUUGCAGUGGUACAAAGACGGCGAACUCUUGCAGUAUUCAUACCCUGGAUACCUGUAUAUGAAGGGCAAUAAGCUCAGCAUCAUCGCCAAUGCGAUUAAUGAAGGAGUCUACACAUGCGUGGUGAAGAAAGGCAGCAAAAUCCUCACUAAAUAUUCCUGGCUGCUGAAGGUUAAAAGAUAAGAACCAUUUCAUGCAGGUUUGGGACAACCCUCUUAAACCGAGGAGACUUUGCGACAGAGUCAAAUGUUUGACUGUAUUUUUACAAUAUUACCGAACAAGCAUUGUUCCCAUAAAUAAUCAAGACCUGUGCCUGCACUGUGGAAAUUUCUGCUUGGGCUACAAAUCACUUUGUAUAUAAUUCAGUCAUUGUUAAAGGUGCUUUAAACUGCAGAUGACCAAUGGGUCAAAAUGUUCAGCUGGUUAUAGUUGGUCUGUUUUUGUCUCUAAAUGUACUGUUGCACAUAGACAGCCUGUGUUGCUGUGGGAUUCACAAAGACGAGUGGAGCUAAGAUUGCAUUGUUGGCCAAAAUGUGUAACAAAUCUCUGGAGGUGACUGAGUGAGUGCUGGAAGAAGCUUGGAAUGGUCCAAAUCACUGGUUGCACAGAGUCCUUGAAAUAAAUAGAACUUGAUCUCAUGUUUAGGUUUGCAGAUAGAAAUCAACUUCAACUUGUGCCACCUUUUAUUGUGUGAUCAAAUUGCCUGUGGCCGACACGCAGUCACCUGCAUAGGCAGUAUGUUCCUGAGCCAGCUCCAGGUAGCUGAACCAGACACCAAGUUGCUGAUGUACAGAGUGCAGCUUUCACUCCAGUUCGCACCAUGGGCAAGUUUCAGAGCCCGCAGAGAAGGAAUUGCUGCAUUGUGCAAGUUGGCGCCUUUACAUAAAACCCACAAGAUUGAAAUGUGUAGGAAGAAACUGCAGAUGCUGGUUUACACCAAAGAUAGACACAAAAUGCUGGAGUAACUCAGCGAGACGGGCAGUAUCUCUGGAGAGGAAUGGGUGAUGUUUUAGGUCUGAAGAAGGAUCUCGACCCGAAACGUCACCCAUUCCUUCUCUCCAGAGAUACCAUGUGUUCCACUAAGUUACUCUAGCAUUUUGUGUCUAUCCACAAGAUUGAAAGGCAGUUGUUUUUUAAAAAAGUAAUUAAUAUCAGCUCAACAUGGUCAAGGGAAAGGAAUCCAUGUCCAGAACAGGAAAACUAAAACCUUUUUAAGGGACUUUAUUUUUAAAUUUACCAAAACUCUACAUGUACACAAAAUAUUCCACUUUGACCAGUCAAGUUUCACAAUUAUUCUCUGCUUUGCAAAUAACUUGAUUGAAUUAUUUUACAUUUUACAAAUGAAUAGUUUAAAAGCCUUAAAAAAAAUUUAAGAACCUUGUUGACCCGCAGUGCGAAAUGAGAAACAUGGCGAAUGUCUGUUACCAAGCAGUUUGUGCAGAGGCUGCCCUCAGCUAUUGUCCUCUCUCCUGCGCCUGCAUCAAAACUUCAGGCUGAAGCCUGGGCCGGCAGCAGAGGCUCCCUGGUUUGUGGUCGUCAGGUGGAAGCCAGUGUCCUUCAGAUCAUCAUCUCCCUGUGAAAGGAAAUAGUUUGAAUAGAACAAUACAAAAUACCUGUUCACUCGUUGCUUCAUGACCCGGCUCCCUUCCCACCCUGUGCUCAUUCUGCCUCCACAGCAACCAAUUUCUCUGCAGCCUCACAGGCAUUUAAUGCAGAAGCUUGCUGCGCAACUGAGUCAUAGUUAAAGCAGGGAUCACUCCCGAGUCUUGGCCCGCGGCCAUUUCGGAGGAGCUCUAAUCUGUCCUUGGGACCAAAGUGGAUGAGCUUGCAUUGCCACUGUUACCCAGUCACCUGACACAGUGAGGCAUUUUAAUUUAAUAUUUCCAUGCAGACUGGAUUCAAUGGUGGCUAUUCUUGCCUCAUCAGCAAAAGUGAACCAUUUGUACACACACACACACACACGAUGAAAGCCACCACGACUUACUCAAUCAUUCCACUGCUUUAAUGUCUUAAACAUUCUGUUCUGAUGAGAUUUUCCCCACAAGUUCCUUUCAAAAUGUUUUCCUAUUUCUUUAACCCUGGCCUCCCCUCAACCAUCGUUAACAGGACUCUCAACCACAUCUCCUCUCCUUCUCUCACAUAUCAUCACCUUCUCCUUUCAGCCAGACGGAACAAGGACAGGACUCCACUUGUUCUCAUCUCGCCUGCUAUAGUCUUCACAUUAAAUAGAUCAUAAUUUCCACAGCCUUCACAUCUUCCCCUCCUCUCAGUAUUCCAAAGGGCCUGUGAAUCCUCUCCCACCAGCCACUCCCCUUCUCACAUUAUUUCCCCAGGAAGUAUAACACCUGCCCGUUCACCUUCACACCAAACAGGCAAAGAUUAGUUCCACAGUAAAUGCUGUUCUGCAAUUGUGUGAGUUAAGGGUCUUGUGUAAAUACUCACCAGUUGACUGUAUCCAAGACCACCUUCUGGCGGACGAGGGCUGGUCCCACGUUUCACUCUUUGUUGCUCACUCUUUGCCGGCCAAGUUGGGAACAUGGCUGACUCUAUGGGGAGAGGUGUCUCCCUGAAGUAGUCGUGUUUCAGUGCUUCCUCAGCCGUGAUUCUCUUGGCUGGACAGUAGGUCAGAAAUCUGUAUUCAAAACAGAAAGCAUUGAAACAUCUAUUGGGAGAACCAUCCUCCAUACAAGUUUGUCAGGUAAGACAGCAACAGAGUCCAUUCCCAGCCGCAAGCUCCUACUCCGGAGCUACCAACAGGCACAUCAUUUCUGUUAGUAAUGACUUGUUGGAAUUAAAAAUUGAAGCUAUAAAUAAAACUGCUGCAUUUAAUCUUUGUAUUUACACAAAAUGUCACUUUUAGAUCUAAAACCUGUCCAAUCUGUACAGUUUACAACAAUCAAUGGCAAUGAUUUAACACAUGACUUUGUUUUUAAACCAUUAAAGUACGAUGCUCUAUUCAUUAUUUAACAA